AUGACUUCUCAUCAGUCAUUCCCUGCAGACGACUUCGGUAUCUACUAUGUCCUUGCAGAGUGCACAGACUAUUAUGACUCCCUUCCAGUUAACGAGGCGGAUGAGAACCAGCCCCACUCCCAGGGCGUGACUGGCCUGCGGAACUUGGGCAACACGUGCUACAUGAAUGCCAUCUUGCAGUGUCUCUGCAGCAUCUCGCCGCUGGUGGAGUACUUCCUCUCUGGAAAGUACAUGACAGCUCUUCAGAAGGAUUGCAGUGAGGUUGCCACUGCUUUUGCAUACCUGAUGACAGACAUGUGGCUCGGAGACUCAGACUGUGUCUCUCCAGAAAUAUUUCGGUCAGCUCUUGGCAAUCUCUACCCAGCGUUUAUGAAAAAGACACAACAAGAUGCUCAGGAAUUCUUGAUUUAUGUCCUAAAUGAACUUCAUGAAGCUCUGAAAAAGUACCACCGAAGACGAUCACAUGAGAAAGGAUCUGCUCAGAGAUGCUGCAGGAAGGUGAUUGCCAAUGAGACGUCUAUCAUCACACAGCUGUUUGAAGGGCAGCUCAAUUAUGGCAUCAUAUGUUUGAAGUGUGAGAACUGCACCUACAAGAACGAAGUCUUCACUGUCCUCUCCCUCCCCAUUCCAUCUGAAUAUGAAUGUUCCCUUCAGGACUGUCUCCAGUGUUUUUUUCAACAAGAUUCAUUGACCUGGAACAACCAAAUUCAUUGCUCCUUUUGUGAAACCAAGCAGGAAACAGCUGUGAGGGCCAGUAUUUCCAAAGCACCAAAAAUAAUUAUUUUUCACUUAAAAAGGUUUGACAUCCAGGGUACACUGAAAAGAAAACUGAGAACAGAUAUUCAUUACCCACUCACUAACUUGGACCUCACUCCUUACAUUUGUCCAGUUUUCCGGAAGCAUCCCAAAUACAACCUCUGUGCAGUGGUGAACCACUUUGGUGAUCUGGAUGGUGGCCACUACACUGCUUUCUGCAAGAACUCAGUUACCCAGGCCUGGUAUAGCUUUGAUGACACAAGAGUCCGUGAGAUUCCAGAAACUUCUGUGCAAACCGCUACAGCAUAUCUCCUGUUCUAUAGCUGCCAGCCCUUUUCAAAACCAGUACAAAAAUGCAAGAGCUAGGAAAAUAAUGUUUCCUGGAAAAUGCAAAACAAGCAAUCAGAAACUGGUAGUUAAGUUUUGCUUUGUCAUUAAAACUACUACAACUAACGUAACUGCAUCACUAACAUUUUUCAGUCUUAUCUGAAAAGUUAUACACAAAAGAUGGG